AUGUUUUAUGAAAAAGGCAACUUCCCAAUCGCGAUCGAGUUCGAUACAAAACGUAAUAAAAUCGCCUGGAAAAUUGAAAUUGAAAAGCUGGACUAUCAUCACUACCUUCCACUAUUUUUCGAAGGUCUGGCUGAAAAAGAACACCCCUAUGCUUUUCUUGCCAGACAGGGUGUUAAUGACCUGCUUGAGCACGGUGGCCAAAAGAUUCUGCCAGUCAUUCCGCAGCUUAUCAUACCAAUUAAGAAAGCCUUAAAUACCAGAAACCAUGCAGUCGUUUGUGCCGUCCUUAAGGCCCUUCAACAUCUCGUGAUUUCUGCUGAUCUUGUUGGUGAGGCCCUCGUUCCAUAUUACCGGCAACUAUUACCAAUUCUCAACCUCUUCAAAAAUAAGAACACAAAUGUCGGAGACGCGAUUGAUUACGGACAGCAAAGGCGAGAAAACCUUGGAGAUUUAAUCAGUGAAACUCUGCAGCUUUUUGAAAAACAUGGUGGUGAGGAUGCUUUCAUCAACAUCAAAUAUAUGGUUCCAACCUACGAAUCAUGCAUGCUUUGA